AUGUCCACAACACCAGCGGCCGCGUCGAAGACAUUGAAGAACAGUCGCGUUCUUGUUUUCGAUGACAACUCCGACACUAUUAAUGAAUGUCUUCGACGUCAUCUGCACAAAUUUGAGAAAACCAAUAGAAGAAACAAAAAGAAUGCUCGUAAGGUUGCUUCACAUCCGACCAAACUAGCAUUUCUAAUUUACUUUGACGAUGGAGGUAUCCCAGGUCGAUCAUUCCGGCGACUGGAUCCGUUGAAAUCUGAGUCGAUUCUGGCUGGAAUGACGCGGGAAAUAUCCGAUCAGAUCGUGAUCGUUUCCGACUCGAAGUUUGCAGGAAACGGCUAG